AGGAGCAAUAUACUGUAUAACUUGAAUUUUAUUUUUGGUUUUAUUAGCAAAAAAAUUGACUCAAGGAAGGCUUGCAAACAUUUAGGGACAAAAAGAAUAACUGAACUUGUUCUCUCCAUGGUCAACUGUUGUGUUUCUGCAGUGCCUCAGGAACCAUUAGCCUGGAAAAGCAGCUCUUUCCAGGAAUGCUUUCAGAAGCAUAUCUCCUUGGAAUUGCCUACUGGUCUGACAACCACCUCACUUGUCCUCCUAGCGAUGAACAGGUUGCUGAGGAAAAGGCAAUGGAGAUGAACUCUAACAUUAGUAUCCCCUGUUCAUCUGCAGAUGAAGCACAAGACACAAGUCUUCGUUGGAGAUGCAAGCCUCCUGGAAGUUUUAUUUCUUCAAUCAGUUCAAGAGAGAACCAACCUAGCAGGAAACAAAAAGUGACAGUGCUGGAAUCAAGUCACAGUCCUCUCCUUGAAUGGCAAACUUCUGCUGGGGUUGAAGACUGUGGAGACCCCAAUGUGGGCAGAGAAACCUAUUUGGUUCCUCCUUCCUGUAAAAGUAUUUGCAAGAAUUAUAAUGAUUUACACAUUGCUGGGGGCCAAGUCAUGGCCAUCAACUUAGCUGCCACAGAUUCUACCUUGGAGAGCAGCUUUGAAUUUGGCCCACUAUUGAAAUCUUCAGAAAUUCCUUUGCCUAUGGAGGAAUCUAUUUCAACUCAAUUGAGUGAUUUGCCUUGUAAACCCCUUCAAAGACACUCAUCUUACUGGAGAAUAACCAGCAUCAAGGACAAAAGUAUUAUGCCGCUUCAGAAGCCUCUUUCCAAUGCCAUGCUGAAUGAAUAUUUGGAGCAGAAGGUAAUGGAGUUGUAUAAACAGUAUUUCAUGGACACUGUAUUUCAUGACAAUUCUCCUAUUCAGAUUCUGGGCUCAGAGCUCAUGACAAGUGUGGAUCAAAUCAGCCUACAGAUAUCUCGGGAGAAAAACUUGGAGGCCGUGAAGGCCAAGGAUAUGGUUAUUAACUGCCUCUUACGACUAGUCUCCACUGAAAUCAGCACUCCUAGUCUGCAUAUUUCCCAAUACAGCAAUGUGAGUUCAUGAAAAAGAUAUCUUGAUUCCUCUUACAGUCAAACUCAAAGCUGUAUUCUAUUUAAUUUUUUUUUCUGAAGGAAGAAAACAGGCAGUAGGAGUGUAAGGUUCAAAUCAUGGAGUGGUUCCAUAUAAUGUGUCUCAAAAAUGUGGAAUGAAGGACAAAAAGGAUGACAGUGAAAUGAAGAAAGAACACCAGGAAGGUAUAAUGAGCUAUUGUGAGGAACAAGUGCAACACACAAACAAUAUAAAAACAAUAAAAGAGAAAGUAAAGGUCAAACUUUCUACUAUUUCAAGAGAAAGAAAAUAAUGGUCCAAAGAAAACAAACGAAAAAAAUAAGCGUUCUCCAUUUCCAAGUUAAAGGAUCAUCUGUGGAUUAUUUUAUGUUGCCUAAGAAUAUUUUCUGGUGGGAAGCGGGGUAAGAGAGGGCAUUGAGGAGCAUAGAAAAGUAUAGAAAACUGCUAGUAAGGGAGUAGGUUAACACUGUAUUUAUGGCAAAGAAAAACCCGGAGAAAAAAAGAAAAGGAAAAAGAAAGAAAAGAAAAGAAAAAAAAAAGCACUCCUGGGCAGGUUCAAAUUUUCCAAAUUAUUAGAAUAGGUAUAUUUAUAUUUGUGCUUGUGUGUUUUUUCUUUACUUUAUCAGGAAAUCGCUUAAAGGACCAGUCAUCUAGAACAUAUUUUUUAGAUGAAAGGAAAUUUCUGUGUUUUUUUUCUCUAUAUGGAUAAUUACUUAGGCACAAGUAUGUGAGUGUCAUGUUCCCACAUCUACAAGUCUCUAAAAAAAAAGAUAAUCAAAAAGUGAAAGAAACUGUGACAAUCUGAAAUGUCAACUUGACUUGGAUAGGCAGAUUUGGGGCUAAAAUAGUACCCAGAAGUCAUCUAAGCUAUUUCUCUAAUUUCAGAGAUGAGGUAACUGAGGCCUGGAGAGGUUCAGAGACUUGGCUAAGGUCACUCACACACAGUGGCAGCAUUUGGAUUCAAACCCUGACCCUUUGACUUCAGAUCCUAUAUUCUUUCCAUGUACCAAUAACUGAUUCUAUUUCUCAUUUUUGUACCCCUGAAAGCCUCCAGUGCAUGUGCGUGUGCACACGCACACACACACGAGCCAAGAAUAGAUCUGCCAAACUACUCUUCUUUGUAAAGUUCUAAAAUGAAGUGAUAUCCCAGCUGGUGUCAGCCUUACCCUGUAAUAUGUAAUUGCUAAUUUUUUUAAACAAACAUACAAUUUUGUAUAAUGACAACGAUGCUUUGAAUUGAAAUCUAUGUCUGAGAUAUUAAAUAUGGAGUAUCUGUAACUUUUCCAUGUGCAA